GACUCUUUCAAACGCAGAACCGCGACAGUUCUCCGUGAUUUAGCUCUGCAUCAGUUAGCAAGUGUCCUCGGUGAGAAGAGAUCCAUUUAUCUGGAUUUUAUUUAAAUGUUCCGCUCGGCCAAGCUGUUCGAAAAAUGAGUGACUCCGUCCUGAACUACCAGGCUGACCAGCGACGUGUCGCUGAAGACGGGAACAGUGGACCGUCGUCAGCAUCCGGCUCCUUACCAGAACCACAGCCGUCCAGCAGGGAGGACAGAGAACACCUGCAGGUCUACCUGAGGGUCCGCCCCUUCACUUCAGCAGAGCGCAGCGCCGGCGAGUCGCAGGACUGCGUCACCAUAGAACCACCGGAUUCGGUUCUGCUCAAGCCGCCCAGCCUGUCCCUGCUGGCCCGACUCAGCAGCGAUAAGUCCCUUCCUCAGGCGGGCCGGCGCUUCCAGUUCUCCAAGGUUUACGGACCGGAGACAACGCAGGCGGAGCUGUUUGACGGCGCCGUCAGAGAUCUGGUCCAGGAUGUCCUGGGAGGAGGAAACUCUCUGGUGUUCACCUACGGAGUCACCAACUCUGGGAAGACCUUCACCUUCCUCGGUCCGGACUCUGACGGCGGAGUGGUGCCGCGGUCCCUCCGCCUGAUCUUCAGCAGCCUCCAGGAGCGGCUCCUCCAGGGAGCGAGCGUCAGACCCCAGCGGUGCCGGGAGUUCACGGUGCUGACCCGGCAGCAGCAGGCGGAGGAGGCGCUGGUCAAGAAGAACCUGCUGAGGGAGAGUGAGAAUGGCAGCAGCAGCCUGCUGAACAUGACCCACCAGACGCUGUUUGAAGGCACCGCCACCGCAGACAGAGUCAACCUGGAGGUGCCGCCGAACACCAAGUUCUCCAUCUGGGUCUCCUUCUGUGAGAUCUACAACGAGAACAUCCAUGACCUGCUGGAGGCCCCCAGCGGGGCCCCGAGGAGGGCGGCGCUGCGGCUGUCGCAGGACGCCAGGGGCGACGCCUUCAUCAAAGAUCUGCGCUGGGUGCAGGUGGACGGCGCCGAGGAGGCGUUCAGGGUCCUUCGUCUGGGGCGGAGGAACCAGAGCUUCUCCUCCACCCUCCUCAACCAGCUGUCCAGCAGGAGCCACAGCAUCUUCUCCAUCCGCAUCCUGAGAGUGACGGACGGCGAGCCGCCACGAGUCCACGCCAUCAGCGAGUUGUGUCUGUGCGACCUGGCAGGCUCUGAGCGCAGCUCCAGGACCCAGAACAAAGGAGAGCGCCUGAAGGAGGCUGGAAACAUCAACGCCUCGCUGCUCAUUCUGGGCAAAUGCAUCAAGGCUCUGCGGCACAACCAGCACACCAGGCUCCUGCAGCACGUCCCCUUCAGGGAGAGCAAGCUGACCCACUACCUGCAGGGCUUCUUCUGCGGCCGCGGCAAGGCCUGCAUGGUGGUCAACGUCAGCCAGUGUGCCUCCAUGUACGACGAGACCCUCAACGUCCUCAAGUUCUCCGCCGUGGCCCAGAAGGUGGAGGUUCUGAUCUCCAGGCUCCUCCCCGUCGUUCCUCCUGCUUCCUGCAGCAGGAAGACGCUGCAGAGCAGCAGCAGCUCCCUGACCGGCUGGGAAGCCAGUCUGGAAGACCUUCAGCAGAGUGAAGACGAAGACUCCAGUCUGAUGGAGGACAGCACGGAGGAGACGGCCGAUGAAGGUGAAGAAGUCAUCAUCAAUAAGAGUCUUCACCAGAGGCAGGUGGCGCUGUUGGAGCAGCUGCUGGUCCAGUUGAAGAAGGAGCGAGCAAAGAACAUGCUCCUGGAGGCCCGCGUCAGAGAGGAGGUCGGCCAGGAGUUCACCAAGCUCUUCUCCGACAUGCAGAAAGACUUUGAUGAGCGCCUGACCAGAGAGAGGGAGAUCCUGGAGGACCGAGCUGAACGCCGGCUGGAGAUCUACAGGACUCUGACUCAGAAAAUGUACCCGUCUGGAUCCAGCUCAGACAGACGGACCUUGGACGGCACUCUGGCCUCUGACCCGGCAGGAGCCAGGAAACCCCUGGAGGAGGAGUCAAAGCUGAAAGCUCCAGAUGACCAGAACCAGCGGCCCAAAGAAGUUGGUGAGGAGGAGGAGGAGGAUGAUGACAGGCGGAGGAUUCUUCUGCAGCUCCAGCAGAAGUCCCUGCAGGAGGCCCAGCUGGAGGAGCUGCAGCAGAACCGGGCCCCGGACCUCCAGAACCGCUCCGAGGGAGAUGAGCUCCUGGAGGCUGAGCUCCACCAGGAGAAGGCAAGGAGAGCAGAGACGCUCGCUGCUCUGGAGUACCAGACGGCGGGGAAAGAGGAGGCGCUGGCCUCUCUGCAGGCGGAGCGAGGAGCCAGAGAGGAGGCCACCGCCGCUCUGGAGGAGCUGAGGCUGCAGAAGGAGGAGCUGCUGGUGUCGCUUGAAGAGGAGAGAAAGGAGGGAGAAAAGGCCCGAGCCGCCCUGGAAGCCCAGAGGAGAGCCUACCAGGAGGAGAAACGGAGCAGGGAGGAGGUCCAGGCUGCUCUGGAAGCUGAGAGGAAGGAGGUGAGCAGGCUGGUUCUGGACGGAGAGCAGAGGCAGCAGCAGGAGCAGCUCCUGCAGGAGCAGCUCAGACAGCUGAGCGAGAAACUGGAGGCUCAGACGGCCUCGCUGCAGCCCGCUGCCAGGGAGGUCCUGAACCAGGAGGUCCAGGAGCUGACCCGGGAGGUCCAGAGACUGAACCAGGAGCUGAAAGAGAAGCAAGAGGAGCAGGAGCAGCUCCGGCUCCAGCUGAGAGAGGAGAUCUCUGAGCUCAGCAGGCGUCUGGCUGAAGAGGAGGAGGACAAGGAGAUCAAGCAGAAGCAGAUCCAGGAGCUGCAGCGUGAGCUGCAGGAGGUGCAGGCCACUGAGAAACUGAACCAGGAGCUGAAAGAGGAGCAGGAGGAGCUCCGGCUCCAGCUGGAAUCCCAAGGAGAAGCCUCCAGGCAGGAGGCAGAGCAGCUGAGGGAGAAGCUGCAGGAGCUGGAAGCCCAACUGGAGAGCCACCACCAGUCCUCCAGACGGGGAGCGGAGCUGCUGGAAGCCUCCCAGCAGGAGCUGCAGGAGCAGAAGGUCUCCUGGAAGCAGGAGCUGGAGGAGCAACAUGCUGUGUCCUGCAAACAGCUGGAGGAGCUGGAGCAGAAGCUGAGGGAGCAGCAGGAAGCUGCAGGAGCACUCAGCAAGGAGCUGAAGGAGGCUGAGCUCCACAGAUCAGCCACCUCCUCUGAGGCUGAAGCUCUGCAGAGGGAGAAGGCUGAGCUCCUGCAUCAGGUGACCUCCCUGACAGAAGAGCUAUCUGCUCUGGGCGCCGUGAAGGAGUCCUCCUCUGAGCUGGAGCAAAGGCUGAAGGAGAAGGAGGAGGCGCUGGCUCAGAUGGAGAGAGCCUCUGCUCAGAGAGGAGCAGAGCUGCAGGAGAAGCUGCAAGAAGCAGAGCGACAGCUCGCUGCUCUGCAGAGGAGUCUGCAGGAGGCCAAGGAGCGCCGCGACGAGGAGGAGCACCAAGCUGCUCAGGAAGCCCGCAGGAGGGAGGCGGAGAGGCGGCGGGAGCUGCUGGCUGUGGCCCAUGAAGCUUUAGCUCAGAAGGAGGCAGAGCUGGAGAAGAGGGCCGAGGAGAUCAGCAGGCUGAAGGAGAACGCUCAGCAGGAAGCAGACAGGGCGGAGAAGCUCAGUCUGGAGCUUCAAAGGAAACAGGACGACUCCUCAGACCUGAAGGAGAAGCUGGCCGACUACAAGAAGCAGAUGCAGCAGGUCCAGAAGGAGAUCUCAGCCAUGAGAGACGAGGAGAAGGUCCUGAAGCAGAAGCUGGCCGACGCAGACAAGGUCAAGAAACAGCUCCAGUUGGACCUCAGCAGUAGAGACAGAACCAUCCAGCAGCUCAGAGCGGAGCAACCGGACAGUAAAUCUGAUCAGACGCUGCAGCUGUACCAGAAGGCCUGUAACGAGCUGGAGGCCAAGCAGCGGGUGAUGGAGGACAUGCGUCUGGCCCUGACUGAGCAGGAGGAGACCCAGGAGCAGAUGGAGCAGGUCCUGGAGGAGAAGAUGGGGCUCCUCCAGGAGCUCUCUGCUGGAAGUUUGCAUCGAGAACUCACCAACGCAGAAAUACGUCACUUUUACGUCGGGUCCACUCUGCCGUCCAGCAGGGAGGACAGAGAACACCUGCAGGUCUACCUGAGGGUCCGCCCCUUCACUUCAGCAGAGCGCAGCGCCGGCGAGUCGCAGGACUGCGUCACCAUAGAACCACCGGAUUCGGUUCUGCUCAAGCCGCCCAGCCUGUCCCUGCUGGCCCGACUCAGCAGCGAUAAGUCCCUUCCUCAGGCGGGCCGGCGCUUCCAGUUCUCCAAGGUUUACGGACCGGAGACAACGCAGGCGGAGCUGUUUGACGGCGCCGUCAGAGAUCUGGUCCAGGAUGUCCUGGGAGGAGGAAACUCUCUGGUGUUCACCUACGGAGUCACCAACUCUGGGAAGACCUUCACCUUCCUCGGUCCGGACUCUGACGGCGGAGUGGUGCCGCGGUCCCUCCGCCUGAUCUUCAGCAGCCUCCAGGAGCGGCUCCUCCAGGGAGCGAGCGUCAGACCCCAGCGGUGCCGGGAGUUCACGGUGCUGACCCGGCAGCAGCAGGCGGAGGAGGCGCUGGUCAAGAAGAACCUGCUGAGGGAGAGUGAGAAUGGCAGCAGCAGCCUGCUGAACAUGACCCACCAGACGCUGUUUGAAGGCACCGCCACCGCAGACAGAGUCAACCUGGAGGUGCCGCCGAACACCAAGUUCUCCAUCUGGGUCUCCUUCUGUGAGAUCUACAACGAGAACAUCCAUGACCUUCUGGAGGCCCCCAGCGGGGCCCCGAGGAGGGCGGCGCUGCGGCUGUCGCAGGACGUCAGGGGCGACGCCUUCAUCAAAGAUCUGCGCUGGGUGCAGGUGGACGGCGCCGAGGAGGCGUUCAGGGUCCUUCGUCUGGGGCGGAGGAACCAGAGCUUCUCCUCCACCCGCCUCAACCAGCUGUCCAGCAGGAGCCACAGCAUCUUCUCCAUCCGCAUCCUGAGAGUGGAGGACGGCGAGCCGCCACGAGUCCACGCCAUCAGCGAGUUGUGUCUGUGCGACCUGGCAGGCUCUGAGCGCAGCUCCAGGACCCAGAACAAAGGAGAGCGCCUGAAGGAGGCUGGAAACAUCAACGCCUCGCUGCUCAUUCUGGGCAAAUGCAUCAAGGCUCUCCGGCACAACCAGCACACCAGGCUCCUGCAGCACGUCCCCUUCAGGGAGAGCAAGCUGACCCACUACCUGCAGGGCUUCUUCUGCGGCCGCGGCAAGGCCUGCAUGGUGGUCAACGUCAGCCAGUGUGCCUCCAUGUACGACGAGACCCUCAACGUCCUCAAGUUCUCCGCCGUGGCCCAGAAGGUGGAGGUUGUGAUCUCCAGGCUCCUCCCCGUCGUUCCUCCUGCUUCCUGCAGCAGGAAGACGCUGCAGAGCAGCAGCAGCUCCCUGACCGGCUGGGAAGCCAGUCUGGAAGACCUUCAGCAGAGUGAAGACGAAGACUCCAGUCUGAUGGAGGACAGCACGGAGGAGACGGCCGAUGAAGGUGAAGAAGUCAUCAUCAAUAAGAGUCUUCACCAGAGGCAGGUGGCGCUGUUGGAGCAGCUGCUGGUCCAGUUGAAGAAGGAGCGAGCAAAGAACAUGCUCCUGGAGGCCCGCGUCAGAGAGGAGGUCGGCCAGGAGUUCACCAAGCUCUUCUCCGACAUGCAGAAAGACUUCGAUGAGCGCCUGACCAGAGAGAGGGAGAUCCUGGAGGACCGAGCUGAACGCCGGCUGGAGAUCUACAGGACUCUGACUCAGAAAAUGUACCCGUCUGGAUCCAGCUCAGACAGAUGGACCUUGGACGGCACUCUGGCCUCUGACCCGGCAGGAGCCAGGAAACCCCUGGAGGAGGAGUCACAGCUGAAAGCUCCAGAUGACCAGAACCAGCGGCCCAAAGAAGUUGGUGAGGAGGAGGAGGAGGAUGAUGACAGGCGGAGGAUUCUUCUGCAGCUCCAGCAGAAGUCCCUGCAGGAGGCCCAGCUGGAGGAGCUGCAGCAGAACCGGGCCCCGGGCCUCCAGAACCGCUCCGAGGGAGAUGAGCUCCUGGAGGCUGAGCUCCACCAGGAGAAGGCAAGGAGAGCAGAGACGCUCGCUGCUCUGGAGUACCAGACGGCGGGGAGAGAGGAGGCGCUGGCCUCUCUGCAGGCGGAGCGAGGAGCCAGAGAGGAGGCCACCGCCGCUCUGGAGGAGCUGAGGCUGCAGAAGGAGGAGCUGCUGGUGUCGCUUGAAGAGGAGAGAAAGGAGGGAGAAAAGGCCCGAGCUGCCCUGGAAGCCCAGAGGAGAGCCUACCAGGAUGAGAAACGGAGCAGGGAGGAGGCCCAGGCUGCUCUGGAAGCUGAGAGGAAGGAGGUGAGCAGGCUGGUUCUGGACGGAGAGCAGAGGCAGCAGCAGGAGCAGCUCCUGCAGGAGCAGCUCAGACAGCUGAGCGAGAAACUGGAGGCUCAGACGGCCUCGCUGCAGCCCGCUGCCAGGGAGGUCCUGAACCAGGAGGUCCAGGAGCUGACCCGGGAGGUCCAGAGACUGAACCAGGAGCUGAAAGAGAAGCAAGAGGAGCAGGAGCAGCUCCGGCUCCAGCUGAGAGAGGAGAUCUCUGAGCUCAGCAGGCGUCUGGCUGAAGAGGAGGAGGACAAGGAGAUCAAGCAGAAGCAGAUCCAGGAGCUGCAGCGUGAGCUGCAGGAGGUGCAGGCCGCUGAGAAGCUGAACCAGGAGCUGAAAGAGGAGCAGGAGGAGCUCCGGCUCCAGCUGGAAUCCCAAGGAGAAGCCUCCAGGCAGGAGGCAGAGCAGCUGAGGGAGAAGCUGCAGGAGCUGGAAGCCCAACUGGAGAGCCAGCACCAGACCUCCAGACGGGGAGCGGAGCUGCUGGAAGCCUCCCAGCAGGAGCUGCAGGAGCAGAAGGUCUCCUGGAAGCAGGAGCUGGAGGAGCAACAUGCUGUGUCCUGCAAACAGCUGGAGGAGCUGGAGCAGAAGCUGAGGGAGCAGCAGGAAGCUGCAGGAGCACUCAGCAAGGAGCUGAAGGAGGCUGAGCUCCACAGAUCAGCCGCCUCCUCUGAGGCUGAAGCUCUGCAGAGGGAGAAGGCUGAGCUCCUGCGUCAGGUGACCUCCCUGACAGAAGAGCUGUCCGCUCUGGGCGCCGUGAAGGAGUCCUCCUCUGAGCUGGAGCAAAGGCUGAAGGAGAAGGAGGAGGCGCUGGCUCAGAUGGAGAGAGCGUCUGCUCAGAGAGGAGCAGAGCUGCAGGAGAAGCUGCAGGAAGCAGAGCGACAGCUCUCUGCUCUGCAGAGGAGUCUGCAGGAGGCCAAGGAGCGCCGCGACGAGGAGGAGCACCAAGCUGCUCAGGAAGCCCGCAGGAGGGAGGCGGAGAGGCGGCGGGAGCUGCUGGCUGUGGCCCAUGAAGCUUUAGCUCAGAAGGAGGCAGAGCUGGAGAAGAGGGCCGAGGAGAUCAGCAGGCUGAAGGAGAACGCUCAGCAGGAGGCAGACAGGGCGGAGAAGCUCAGUCUGGAGCUUCAAAGGAAACAGGACGACUCCUCAGACCUGAAGGAGAAGCUGGCCGACUACAAGAAGCAGAUGCAGCAGGUCCAGAAGGAGAUCUCAGCCAUGAGAGACGAGGAGAAGGUCCUGAAGCAGAAGCUGGCCGACGCAGACAAGGUCAAGAAACAGCUCCAGUUGGACCUCAGCAGCAGAGACAGAACCAUCCAGCAGCUCAGAGCGGAGCAACCGGACAGUAAAUCUGAUCAGACGCUGCAGCUGUACCAGAAGGCCUGUAACGAGCUGGAGGCCAAGCAGCGGGUGAUGGAGGACAUGCGUCUGGCCCUGACUGAGCAGGAGGAGACCCAGGAGCAGAUGGAGCAGGUCCUGGAGGAGAAGAUGGCGCUCCUCCAGGAGCUCUCUGCUGAGGUAAACAGGCUGAAGGAGAAGGUGCUGCAGCAGAACCAGGGAGCCGGCGGGCCCUCAGAGGACCUGGACCUGGCCAAGGAUGAAGCUUCACGAGCUCAGGAGAGCUUAAAGAUCCUGACAGAGAAGAGCCAGGCUGAACGCAGGAGGUGGCAGGAGGAAAAGCUGUCUCUGAUUGGUCAAGCCAAAGAGGCAGAAGACAAGAGGAACCAGGAAAUGAGGAAGUUUGCAGAAGACCGAGAGCGCUACUGCCGCCAGCAGAGCCUCUUAGAGUCCAAGCUGCUGGAGAAGGAGGCGGCCAUGGAGAGCUGGAGGAAGGAGAGGGACGCCCUGGUUGCUGCCCUGGAGGUGCAGCUGCAGAAGCUGCUGUCCAGCCAAGCAGAGAAAGACAAAGUCAUCAAGGAGCUGAGUGAGCAGAGCUCAAAGCAGCCAGCAGAGGGUAAAGAUGGCGCCGUGUCUCACCGUGUGGCAGAGCUGCAGGUCGCUCUGAUGGAGAAGGAGGCGCAGGUCCUGCAGCUGAAGGAGGAGCUGGAGGCGACCGCCAGCAAAGGGGACGGCGCUCCAACACGGACCAACCAGAACCAGAGUUCUGAUCCUGUGGCUGAGGAACCAAGCGGUGGAACCAGCGCCUCAAACCCAGAACCGAGGGUGACCAGAGCGUCGCUCAGCAGCCGGGGCUCGUCUGGCUUCCCGUCGGUUCUGGAGUCCUCCGAGAUCUCCACGGAGGGCGGCAGAACCAGCCGGUUCCCCCGACCCGAGCUGGAGAUCUCCUUCAGCCCCCUGCAGCCCAACCGCAUGGCGCUGAGGCGGCAGGGCGAGCAGAACCCCGUCACCGUCAAGAUCUCACGCUCGGCACGCAAGAGGAAGAGCGGCGAGAUGGAGAAGUCUCACAUCUUCAGGAGGAGUAAACGAGCAACAACACCUAAGCAGGAGGAAGUGGGGAGUGAGAACCGAAGGAACACCAGAACCAAGCUCACCCCAAAGAAAGCAGAGAGCUCUUCCUCAGGUUGUCGGUUUGACUCCCAGAGCAGCAGGAAGGACGGCACGCUGCAGAAGAUCGGAGACUUCCUGCAGAGCUCCCCGACUCUGCUGGGCUCCAAAGCCAAGAAGAUGAUGAGCCGGGUCAGCGGCCGUCUGGACCCAGACUCAGCAGCCGCCUCUUCCUCCCUCAGCCUGAGGGCCAAGAGGGGCAGAAAGAAACUCUACAGACCUGAAAUCUCCUGCCCCAUGGACAUGCCCCCCCACCCGAUGAUCAACCAGGAGACGGACGGCGAGGGCCAGAGCGACCAUGACAUCAUCAAACGGCGCCUGCGCAGCAGAGUGGCUAAGUCCUAGCGCUGCCCUCCAGAACGUUACUGUAGAAAUGAAGCUGCUGGUGACGGAUCGUUGUUCUGAGACGCAUUUAUUGGGUCGGUUCUGUGGAGGCCGACCCGUUAACACUAACCAGCAUUUAGAAGUUCAUGUUUCACUUUAUUAACCAGCAAUGGUUCAUCUCUAAUGUGCAAUCUGCUCUAACUUCACCUCCUAGAACACUUUGUGGAACGUUUAACGGUUCUGCUGCAAAGUCUCACUUUAACCUGAAUCAUUAUGUUCUGACGGGUCAUCCGGUCUCAUCAGAGUCCAGAACCAUCAUGUCCAGGAAACCAUCUGUUCCCAGAACCAUGAUCCUGGCCGGGUUCUCCUCCUGGUUCCUCUGAGAAGAAGCCUGCAAACCAGAUGAUUAAAGUUCUCACGUUCCUCCUCCACACUGUGGAGAACCGUGAAUUUAGACGUUUCUGUCAGAGAUGGUAGAAAGCCUCGCCUUGCUUGACCUUCGCUGAUCUAACCAAACAUGGAUGGACUGAUGCAUGUGGGUUCUAAGCAGGUACCGCUUACAGAGUUCUCCAAGGUGUGUUUUUCAUGGUCUGAGCUGCUGACAUGUGAUGAAGGCUCAGAUAAAGACCUCACCUUUACACCUGGAUCCUUUAUUCACCUGUAAUACAGUGAACCCUCGCUACAUAACGGUUCACCUUUCACGGUCUCCCUGCUGUGUUCUGCGUUCUGAUUGGCUAAACAGUCUCUCCGCUUCUUCUCUACCUGUGUGUCAAUAACUUUGCAGUUUAAUAUCUACACGUACGUAAAACAGCCAAAUUUAAGUUUGCAAAUUCUCUUGCAAUUUCAAGUUUCUCUAAAAUCAACCGGAGGCUCGCUUAACGAGAUCCAUCACUCUGCCGUAGAUCCGUCAGUCUGCCGUAGAUCCGUCACUCUGCCGUAGAUCCGUCAGUCUGCCGUAGAUCCAUCAGUCUGCCGUAGAUCCAUCACUCUGCCGUAGAUCCGUCAGUCUGCCGUAGAUCCGUCAGUCUGCCGUAGAUCCACCAGUCUGCCGUAGAUCCGUCAGUCUGCCGUAGAUCCGUCAGUCUGCCGUAGAUCCAUCACUCUGCCGUAGAUCCGUCAGUCUGCCGUAGAUCCAUCACUCUGCCGUAGAUCCGUCAGUCUGCCGUAGAUCCGUCAGUCUGCCGUAGAUCCACCAGUCUGCCGUAGAUCCAUCAGUCUGCCGUAGAUCCGUCAGUCUGCCGUAGAUCCAUCACUCUGCCGUAGAUCCGUCAGUCUGCCGUAGAUCCGUCAGUCUGCCGUAGAUCCACCAGUCUGCCGUAGAUCCACCAGUCUGUCGUAGAUCCACCAGUCUGCCGUAGAUCCGUCAGUCUGCCAUAGAUCCAGCUGUGAAUCUAAACAGCUUGGAGGAGACGGCUUUACUGACAUGACUCUGGAUGACAUUAAUGCCCUGAUUGAUACAGACCUGGCAGAAGUGAAAAAGUCACCAAGCGAUGAUGAAGAGAAGAGGAAGAAGAGGACACAAGUGUGGAUGAAGAUGAAGAGGAGGAUGGACUAACACUUGGUCGCUUAGCAACAAUGCUGAGAAUGGCCGCUGAACUUCAGCGAGCAGCUCAGGAAUGGGAGCCUUUGAUGAGCCGUUCAUUACGGUUCUCAGACAUAAUCCAUGGUGGCAUGUCGGUUUAUAAGAAUCUUUUUGCCCAGAAG